AUGCCGACGCAUGGUACAGGCCCGCCUGGCCGCAAAGGCCAAUCUCUCAAGAUGAAGACAAGCAGCUUCUUUCACGCAACUUCAUGCCUCCCUGAGGAGGAUCGCACACUGAUUUCACGCCUCGGUCAAGGACCCACUGUCCCAGCUCCUUAUUCUUUAAUACACGAGGCCUUCGAGAACAUCGCUGAAGCUCAUCCCGCCACUAUUGCUGCCACGGUCGUUGGUAAUUCAAUUACGUACCACCAGCUAGAUGAAGCAGCGAACCAGCUCGCCAAUUUCCUUAUACACGCCGGGCUUAAGCCGAGAGAACGCGUAUGUCUCGUUGUACAACGAUCGCUCGAGAUGCUCGUCGGGAUUUUUGCAAUCUUGAAAGCUGGAUGCCAAUACGUGCCAGUUGAUGGAGGGGUGGCAUCGGACGAGGCUUUGACGCAUAUCUUCACCGACUCUGAUGCAAGCUUCAUUCUCUGUCUCCCCAAAUUUUUGGAAAGAGCCGAGCGAUUUGCUCGAAAAGAUGCCACUGUCAUCGCCCUGAGCAAGGACGUUGGCGCAUCCUUCCCUUCGACACGCCCAUCAGUCCAAGUUUCACGGCAGGAUGGGGCAUACGCCAUAUAUACAUCAGGCAGCACUGGGAAGCCCAAGGGUGUCGAUGUCUCGCACGCAAAUGUCACAAACGCGCUGUUGCUGGAACCCGCGCGACUUGGUAUCACAGUGGGCUCCAGAGUUGCUCAAGUACUCAACAUUGCAUUUGAUAUGGGAGCAUGGGAGAUACUUGGAUGUCUUAUGAACGGCGGCACCUUAUAUAUACGGGGUUCUGAUUGGAAAGCCACACUCAGUGAGAUCGACACACUCAUAGGCACACCGUCUAUUCUAUGCAAGUAUCAACGGCGGGCAUUCCCAGGCAUCAAACAUAUAGCAACUGGCGGCGAACUUUGUUCCCAGGCUCUUGCUGAUGAGUGGGCGGAAGAUGCAUGCUUCUACAACAUUUGCGGACCCACGGAAGUCACUAUACUUAACUCAGCACACCGACAUACCCCAGGUCAGCCAUUGUCAAUUGGUAAACCCUUGCCCAAUACGACAUGCUACAUUCUUGAUGAGAAUGAGCAACCUGUUCCGAGUGGACAAAAGGGUACCAUGUGGGUGGGCGGAACUGGUGUAACUCGUGGUUAUAUCAACUUGCCUGAACUGACAUCUCAUCGCUACAAACCGGACAAGUUCCUUGAAAAUGGGUCCAUGAUGUUCAACACUGGCGAUAUUGCACGAUGGAGGGAGGAUGGCGAGCUUGAUAUGCUUGGUCGUAAAGAUGAUCAAGUCAAGAUCAAGUCAUUUCCAAACGUAAGGCGAGGUACAGCAAUGCUUGUAGAAAGCGUACUUUGCGCUUUCUACGCACCACAUGGCUCAGUGGACGAAGGGGCCCUGGAUGCAUUCGUGCGGAAGCAUCUGCCUUACUACUCUGUUCCUGACAAAUGGAUCCAGGUCGACUCGAUACCGCUCACCAACAAUGGAAAAGUCGACCGAAGAAAGCUGAGCUCAAUGGCUCUACGCCAGUCCAGCCCCAAUUCUGCCGUAGUCGAGCCUACAGUAAAGCCCGGAGACCUUUCGCAUGGCGUUGUACUGGAGAUAGGCACUCCUGAAAUGUCCUCCACUGUUUCUUUGGAAGAUCCAGAGAAGGCCAAUGUCAUCAUCACCAGCAACUCAUCAGAUAAGAGCGAACUUUCCAUCAAAGAAUCCACCGAGAAAGUGCCGGAGUCAUUGCCACCGAAGCACAGCUAUCACGGUCUGCGAUGGCUUCGACAUCGCGCAUUCAUACUGUAUCGACGCUUCUUUUCCAUCGUGGUACUAGCCAACAUGGCAGUGGCAGCCUUCCUCUUGAACCGCAAGAUUGCAGAAAACAGGGAUAUUCUCUCGAAUUUGGCCUUGGCCUUCGCCGUCAACCUUGUCGUAGCCGUCCUGAUGCGUUCUGAGCCCGUCGUCAAUCUCCUAUUUACUGUUUUCUGCUCGGUCCCGACCUUUUUCCCUCUAGCUAUACGCCGUCACUGCGCGAGGAUCUUCCACAUUGGCGGUAUACACAGCGGAUGUGCGCUAGCAGCUAUGAUGUGGCACUUCAUCUUCACCGUGGACAGCAGCCUAGACCUUGGAAAGCCUGCACAUCUGCGUCGAAUCUCGGUGGCUCCAGUCGUGCUAUCGUAUCUCGUGCUCCUCAUUUUUCUAGCCAUCGGUGCGACUUCUCACCCGAAUUUCCGCGCCAAGUACCACAACAUUUGGGAGAUGACGCAUCGCUUCGGUGGUUGGACCUGUCUUGCGCUGUUAUGGUUCGUAACGUUUCUCGCGACCAAAGACCUCAAUCCCUCGGCGGCCCCAUCAACUGCCUUUUUGCGUGCCCCAACCGUCUGGCUUAUUGCAAUUGCGACAGCAGCUAUCAUUUUUCCAUGGUUGCAUCUACGCAAAGUCGCCGUCCGCUCCGAGGUUCUCUCCAACCACGCCGUCCGACUUUGGUUUGACUACACGACACCCGUGGUAGGCACUGCUGUAAGACUUGCAGAGCGUCCCUUGGUCGACUGGCACGGCUUCGCCACAAUCACAAACCCCGACGGCAAAGGCUUUUCUCUCAUCGUGAGCCGCGCAGGCGACUUCACCGGCCGCACAAUCGAGCGCGCACCGACCCACAUCUACGUGCGUGGCAUCCCCACCUGCGGCGUCCUGCGAAUAGCCACGCUAUUCAAGUCCGUUGUCCUGGUUGCCACCGGCUCAGGCAUUGGACCCUGUCUGGCUGUCAUUCUCGCGCAAAAAGUGCCGUGUCGCAUCCUGUGGACGGCACCCAAUCCUGAAGAAACUUUUGGCCAGGAGAUUGUGGAUAGCGUGCGGACGACGGAUGCACAGGCGGUAAUUUGGAAUACUAGGACACAGGGGAAGCCGAAUAUGUCCUUGUUGGCGUAUCAGUUGUGGAAGGAGAGUGGGGCGGAAGCUGUGUGUGUGAUUAGUAACAAGCGGUUUACUACGAAGAUUGUGUAUGAUAUGGAGGCUAGGGGUAUCCCAGCGUAUGGGGCGAUUUUUGAUUCGUAA